AUGAGGCCCAUUCUUCUCUCCGGUCACGAGCGUGCGCUCACGCAAGUCAAGUACAACGCAGAUGGAGAUAUCAUUUUCUCCGUAUCCAAGGACCACGUCGUUUGCGCCUGGUACUCACACAACGGCGAGCGAAUCGGAACAUACCACGGACAUCAGGGAGCGCUAUGGACGGUCGACGUAAACCCAUCCUCUGAGCUUCUGGCUACCGGUGGAGCAGACAACACCAUGAGGUUAUGGCAUGUGCAGACGGGCAAGCUUCUCCACACCUGGGAAUUCAACACCAGUAUCAAGCGCUGCGAGUUCUCUCCAGACGGCAGACAGCUACUUGGUGUCACCGAGAAGCGAUCAGGUCAUCUCUCCACCAUCUGCGUCUACCCCAUCAACCCCGACCCGGAAGCGCAACAGUCGGACGAGCAGCUGCUCAGGAUCGUAUGCGACGAGUCCAAGGCGACAGUCGCUGGCUUCUCAUACCUCGCAAAAUACAUCAUCAGUGGACACGAGGACGGCUCAAUAACUCAGUGGGAUGGCAAGACUGGAGAGUUGCUCAGCUCCAACUACGACGUUCAUGAGCCAGACAUGCAAAUCACCGACAUCCAAUGGGCUCCCGACCGAACUUACUUCAUAACCGCCAGCAAGGACAAGACCGCGAAGCUCGUCGACGUCGAAGAGCUCAACGUCCUCAAAUCAUACGUUGCCGACACACCCCUCAACUCCGCCGCGAUCACACCCGUAAAGGACUACGUUAUCCUUGGUGGAGGACAAGCAGCUAUGGACGUCACCACAACCUCGGCACGUCAAGGAAAAUUCGAGGCACGUUUCUACCACAAGAUUUUCAUGGAGGAGAUUGGUCGUGUGCGUGGUCACUUCGGUCCUCUCAACUACGUCGCGGUACACCCACAAGGAACCAGCUACUGCAGUGGAGGAGAGGACGGUUACGUGCGUGUGCACCACUUCGACAAGCCAUACUUUGACUUCAUGUACGAGGUUGAGCGGGAGGUCGCGCAGUCGCAGUCGAACUUGUAA